CCAAGGCCCAGCACCAAAACCCACCGAACGAACCCUUGCAGAUUCGUCGUACUCACCAACAGGAGACAUGAGCACCGGCGGCGCGGACAAGCCCGGCAGCGGCGGCGGUGGCGGCGGCGCGGUGAAGACGCCGUCCGACUUCCUCAAGUCCAUCCGGGGCCGCCCCGUCGUCGUCAAGCUCAACUCCGGCGUAGACUACAGAGGUAUUCUGGCUUGCCUGGACGGUUAUAUGAACAUCGCGAUGGAGCAGACCGAGGAGUACGUGAAUGGUCAGCUGAAGAACAAGUAUGGCGACGCCUUCAUAAGAGGCAACAACGUUUUAUACAUCAGCACAUCGAAGCGGACACUCACCGAUGGCGCGUAGACCCGAGUGGAGCCCUCCCUUUUCUGUCGCGUAACUCCAAAGCCAUUAACUUGGUUGCACUCUGACUCGAUGCUACCUUUCAAUCUCUGCACUUGCUGUCUGGAUGAAGUCUGGGAAAGGGAAUAUGUAUCAGAUGCUAUUCUUGAUGUAACUGGCAUUUAGCUUCCCCGUAUCAGCUUUUGGGAUACGGAUAAGAUUUGUGUUUGCUGGUCGUUGCUCUGCGCGCAGUGUCCUUUAGGUAUUAAUAGUUUGGAUCAACUGUUUUGGUUCUGUGAUUUGUGGUGGGUUUCAAA